AUGGGCGAUGAUGCAAAAGCAAUCACAUAUCAUGAGAAAGCAUUUGAAAUUGAAGAAAAGUUUCUUCCAACAAAUCAUGGAGAUUUAGCUUUUUCGUUCAAUCAGAUUGGUAUCUUGUACGGGAAAGUAAAAUAUUAUGAGAGAUCAGUUUCCUACUUUGAAAAAGCUGUCGCGAUUCAACAAACAGCUCUAUCCACGAGCCCUAGGAACUUAGCAACUACUUAUAAAAACAUGGGAUCAGCUUAUCGUGAUGUUGGGAACUUUACUAAAGCAGUUACAUAUUAUGAGAAACCAUUUGAAAUUCGAGAAGAAUUUCAUCCAUCAAAUCAUAGGGAUUUAGCUCUUGCAUCGAAUUAG